UGAUCUGAUAGAGUGAUAAUAAAGAGGUCUGGGUCUCUAGUUGCAUAUUGUUGGACACGGAACUCCGGAUGAGUGCAGAAACUGGCAGUAAGAGCUGUCGGUUUAACUUUACCAACCGAGAACGAAGAGAGAAUAGAAAAGCCGUGUCCUCGAGCAGGUUCAGUGUCCGUCAUGAUGAUCCAUAGCGGAUAGGCGAAGGUGUGUGUGUGUGUGUGCAUGUGGCCUCCAGUUGCCACAAUAGGACUAUGGAGCCCGAUGUCAUCCGUUUGUACUCUUCCUCGCCACCUCCACUGGAUGAGGCUGCAGAGCAGGAAGAGGAGGAUGAGUUCGGCGAGUUUGGCAGUUUUGGUGACGGAGGCGUGUCAUCCAGUUUCAGCUUUUCAGAGCUUGACACACCCAUAACAUUCAACCAGUCAAACGCAGUGGAGGACUCGCCACCUGACCUGUACAUCGCGUCCGUGCAGAAUCUCACUUUAUCAGGGAAGAACAGAUGGGCCAAUGAGAGAAAAGUGGUAGAGGAAGCACACCUGUCUUGUGUGGUAUCAAACCUAGAAACAUCAGGAGAUGAGACUGAGGUGCACAGCUACAUUGAGAGUCUAGAGAAGGAAUCAUUGAAGAUUGUCAUGAAUGGUGUCACGUCCUUUGACCCACAGAGGGAGCCCUCUGACAUCCACAGCAGCACAGGCCAGCAAAUAGACUGCACAGGUGAUGGACACAUCCUCAGUAAUGGCUAUUCAGAGCAGGAGGAAGUUCAGCCCACCUUGUUAAAAAGUACAGAGAGCAGAAUAAGCUACGAACUGGAUGGUGGGUUAGACAGAACACAAGAAAAUAAACAAACAAACAACCUGCAAGGCUCUAACAGUCACUCAUCUCCUAAAGAAGCAUCUGAAUCUGUAGAGAUGAGUGUGGGAACAGAGUUAUGUGAUGACUCCCAGUCAUUUAGUCCUUGUAAAGAAGUACAGAAGACUGGAGGUAAGCAGAAGCAAAGGGAGAACAAAGGACCAGAAGAUGAAGGCCUUCCAAGUGCUUCUGGCUCCUCUAGUGAGCACUUUGUUAUUUGUAGUGACACAGGUGUUUCCGAGGCAGCGACAGCCCCCACAGAAGAUGUGGACGCAAUCUCUAACACACAGCUGAGCAGAGACACAAGGGAAAUUUAUGGAUCUUCAGACGUGGAGGUAAAUGAGGACAUUAAGGCUUUUAAUGAGACACCCACAGACCGCGCAGCCGACGAGGACUUUGGGGAUUUCAGAGAUGCAACUCAGGUUUUCGCAGACUUCAGCCGGACUGAAUCUCUAGCCCAGGAAGGAUUUGCUGAUUUUGUAACGGCAAUGUCACAAUUCUCCACCGAUGAUGAAUUUGGUGACACGGACACACUGAAAGACUUCAAGGAGGAAGAUGAGCUGGCUGAGGAAGAGGACAACUCUGCAGACAGUCCACGCAACGAAGGAGCUUUUUGUUCCGAGUUGCCUCCUAGUGAUAGUUUUGCCGACUUUAGCUCGGCUCCAUUUGGUGGUGUGGUGGUUAGAGGGGAAGAGGACUGGGCUUCGUUUGGACAACAUGAAGACACAGAAGAGGGUCAGGAUUCAUGGGCAGCAUUUGGGGAGGAACAGAUUACUUUUGUGGGUCCAGAGGUACAGGAUGAUGUGACUUCAACAACAUCCUCUAGUGACAACCUCCAGAAUAGCAGGAUGGACAGAGAUACUGCUGAGUUCAGCUGUAAACUCCAGCAUCUCUUCAGAUCCGCCUUCCCUUCAGAUGUCAGUCCUGAGGUUAAUGGGGUCACAGAGGUGUUGACCCUCGAGGAAGUCCUGCAGGCUCAGGAUCCUCAGGAGCAAAGGGACCCAAGCAGCUCUUUUGCCCUUGGGAAUGCAUUAGCCAUGUGGCGCCACCUUCAGGACAUCCAAAGGACAUAUGGCCUCAAGUUCAAAUGGGCAGGUUCCCAUGGCAACAGAAUCCUGCUGGAUUGCCUAGGAAUCAGGAACAUUUUGUUCACUGGCGAGAAGCAGCAGCCAGUGAUUGUGCCUAUGUUUGCUGCUGGACUGGGAAUGCUGGAACCCACCAAAGAGUCCUCAAAGACUCCAGCCUCUCCUGCACUUUCCCCUUCUACUCCUGUGGAGAGUGGAAAUAUUCUAUACACUCAGGUGGCACCCACUUUGGCCAUUAGUAUUGAUGGUGUUGAUCCAGAGUUGUAUGAACUGACUACAGCUAAAAUAGUGACCAACACCACUGGUCGAAACAUUGCAGAUGCAUUUACAAAACUAAUGGAAUCAAUGGAGAAAACCAGAACAACAACCAGGAAGCCAGAUGAAAAAGAUGAAAAGAUAAGUGAAGAAGCAGCAAAGGUUAUCUCUCUUCUCCCUGAUUUGUCCUUCAUGCAGGCCAGGGUGCUAAUGUUCCCCUCCGUCCUAACUCCAUCUGCCAAUAACAAAUAACCAGACAUGGCCUCAAGACAAUCAGCCUUAAGCUCCGCUGUUCUAUCAGUCAUUAUGAUAUCAUCAUUCAUUCUGCUUACUGACAGCAGCAGUAAACAGCUCCAGCUUCUCUUCAUUGCUUCCUCCAAACAAUCAUAUUUCAUAUGAAAAAGUAAUCUUUAAAAGCUGCCUAUUAUACACUUUUAUAAACUAUUAUAAUAUAUAUAUAUAUAUAUAUAUAUAUAUAUAUAUAUAUAUAUAUAUAUAUAUAUAAACUGUUAUAAACUAUAACAGCCCUGGCUGCUGUUGUUAUUGAUAUUGUAAACAGUUUGAAUUGCUCUGAUAUGUGUGGGAAAAAAAACGAAUGCUGAGACGCACCUUCCAACACCCACUCUCUAGUACACACAGUAUUUAGAACAGCAUAUUCACCUCUUUUAUCCAAACAUAACUUGUUUGAUCAUGGAUAAAAUGUUGAGUGAUGUUUGUGAGUACUUUUCUUAUAUAAGUGACACUCAAAAGGUGAAAUGCAGACUUGCACAUUUUACUACUUGAAACUGCACAGCCUGUAAGUUAAUGACCCUUGCUUGCUAUGCAUAUUCAUUUGUGCUUUUCAUUUUAUUUCUCAGUGCUUUAAAUGUCAUUCAGUUCAAAGAAGUUUGUUUUAAAUCACAAUCAACUGGAAUGAACACCUUACUCUCUUAAAGCUUUCUCUCAUUGGUUUUAAUUUUGUUUAGACUGUUGUACACCUCAUUCAGUAUAAUAACUUGAAUACAAUAUAACCAUCCUUUCCUUUAUUGUUGUUUUUAUUUAUUAAUUUUCGCACAACAGACAAGAACAUAAGAAAAUAUUUUUUUAUCUUUUAAUUUUGUUUAUUUUAAUAAGGGAAGUGCAUCUUUCUGCAUGUCUGCAUUUUGUAUGAUUUGUGUUUGCUACUGUUGUGGUUGUUUUAGUUAUUUUUAUGUCACGUCACUGUAUUAUAUUUAAGGAGUAUCUUUGCACAAUAUAUAGAUUAAAUGGGUAUAAUAUGAAGCUGACAGUAGUGCUAUCGACCUGUACUUAAAGAAAAGAUGGGUGUGCUUUGUACUGUUCCUGUGGAAAAGAGACUAUAAUGAGGUUUGCCUGUGUGAUCAUAUUUUUCCUUCGAAAAUUGUAUUUUAAAAUUAAUCAAUAAUAAAAAGGCAGGCAAAAUAUGUUGUUCUUUCUUUUUUGAA